AUGCCCCGAAGGAAGCAAAGCCACCCGCAGCCUGUGAAAUGUGAGGGGGUCAAAGUGGAUACUGAGGACUCCCUGGAGGAAGGACCCGGAACCCUGGUGUUAGAGAGUGAUUUGCUACUAGGCCAGGAUUUGGAGUUUGAGGAGGAAGAGGAAGAGGAGGAAGGUGACGGCAACUGCGACCAGCUCAUGGGCUUCGAGAGAGACUCUGAAGGAGACUCUCUGGGGGCCAGGCCUGGGCUUCCCUACGGGCUGAGCGACGACGAGUCCGGGGGCGGCCGGGCACUAAGUGCCGAGAGUGAAGUUGAGGAACCAGCCAGGGGGCCAGGGGAGGCCAGGGGUGAGAGGCCAGGCCCAGCCUGCCAGCUGUGUGGGGGGCCGACAGGUGAGGGGCCGUGUUGUGGGGCAGGAGGGCCGGGUGGGGGGCCCCCGCUGCCCCCACGGCUACUGUACUCAUGCCGCCUCUGCGCCUUCGUGUCCCACUACUCGAGCCACCUGAAGCGGCACAUGCAGACACACAGCGGGGAGAAGCCGUUCCGCUGUGGCCGCUGCCCCUACGCCUCAGCCCAGCUCGUCAACCUGACGCGGCAUACCCGCACCCACACUGGCGAGAAGCCCUACCGCUGUCCCCACUGCCCCUUUGCCUGCAGCAGCCUGGGCAACCUGAGGCGGCAUCAGCGCACCCAUGCGGGGCCCCCCACUUCUCCCUGCCCGACCUGUGGCUUCCGCUGCUGUGCCCCACGACCAACCCGGCCUCCCAGUCCCACAGAGCAGGAGGGGGCAGUGCCCCAGCGACCUGAAGAUACUCUGCUCCUUCCAGAUUUGAGCCUCCAUGUGCCACCAGGUGGUGGCAGUUUCCUGCCAGACUGUGGGCAGCUGCGGGGUGAAGGGGAGGGUCUUUGUGGGACUGGACCAGAACCACUGCCAGAACUGCUAUUCCCUUGGACCUGCCGGGGCUGUGGACAAGAGCUGGAGGAGAGUGAGGGCAGUCGGCUGGGAGCUGCCAUGUGUGGGCGCUGCAUGCGAGGAGAGGCUGGUGGGGGGGCCAGCGGGGGGCCCCAGGGCCCCAGUGACAAAGGGUUUGCCUGUAGCCUCUGCCCCUUUGCCACUCAUUACCCCAACCACCUGGCCCGGCACAUGAAGACACACAGUGGUGAGAAGCCCUUCCGAUGCGCCCGCUGUCCCUAUGCCUCUGCUCAUCUGGACAACCUGAAGCGGCACCAACGCGUCCACACAGGAGAGAAACCCUACAAGUGCCCUCUCUGCCCCUAUGCCUGUGGCAACUUGGCCAACCUCAAGCGUCAUGGUCGCAUCCAUUCGGGUGACAAACCUUUCCGGUGUAGCCUUUGCAACUACAGCUGCAACCAGAGCAUGAACCUUAAACGCCACAUGCUACGGCACACAGGCGAGAAACCCUUCCGUUGUGCCACCUGCGCCUACACCACAGGCCACUGGGACAACUACAAGCGCCACCAGAAGGUGCAUGGCCAUGGUGGGACAGGAGGGCCUGGCCUCGCUGCCUCUGAGGGCUGGGUUCCACCUCAUAGCACACCUUCAGUGUUGAGCUCUCGGGGUCCAACAGCCCUGGGUACUUCUGGUAGCCGGACUCUUCACACAGACUCACCCUGA